AGGAGGAGGAGUUCCCCCGCUGGCUCUUGUGCGUAGCGAAAGAUCCACUCAGCCACAUUCCGGCAGAAAGCACCCGCACCAAGCGGUAGCGCAGUCCCGCGGCUGCCCAGUCACUUUACGCGGCUACGAGGCCAACUUUCUCCUCUAAGUUUUCUCCUGUGAUGUCGUUUUUUUGGCUGUCUUCUUCAACGAAGAACACGAAGACGACGUUUAUGCGCAAUCUGUGAGACUGCUAGCUGCACCAUGGUGAUUGUGUCAGACAACAGCCGGGGGCCCCAGGGAAGACCCCUGCAGGUGGGCUUCUAUGAAAUCAUCCGCACGCUGGGGAAAGGCAACUUUGCCGUGGUCAAACUGGCAAAGCAUAAAGUUACCAAAACACAGGUGGCCAUAAAGAUUAUCGAUAAAACCAGAUUGAACCCGUCCAAUCUGGAGAAAAUCUACAGGGAAGUGCAGAUUAUGAAGCUGCUUAAUCACCCACACAUCAUCAAACUCUACCAGGUCAUGGAGACAAAAGACAUGCUGUACAUUGUGACUGAAUAUGCAAAAAACGGGGAGAUGUUUGAGCACCUGACUUCAAACGGCCGCAUGAGCGAAGAGGGGGCGCGCAAGAAAUUUUGGCAAAUUCUCACGGCGGUCGACUACUGCCACCGGCACCACAUCGUCCACCGUGACCUCAAAACCGAAAACUUGCUUCUGGACGCAAAUAUGAACAUCAAACUGGCCGACUUUGGAUUCGGAAACUUUUACAAUGCGGGAGAGGCCCUGUCGACAUGGUGUGGCAGCCCCCCGUAUGCAGCCCCUGAAGUCUUUGAGGGCAAAGAGUAUGAAGGGCCUCAAUUGGACAUUUGGAGCCUGGGAGUAGUGCUUUAUGUGCUGGUAUGUGGCUCCCUUCCCUUCGAUGGUCCCAGCCUUCCUGCACUCAAGCAAAGAGUCACCGAGGGACGCUUCAGAAUCCCUUUCUUCAUGUCCCAAGACUGUGAAAACCUCAUCCGCAAAAUGUUGGUGGUGGACCCAGCAAAGAGGAUCAGCGUGGCCCAGAUUAAACAGCACCGCUGGAUGCUGGCAGACCCCUCGGCAGCCCGUCAGACCCUCAGCCACUCCCUUACCGAUUAUAACUCCAAUCUAGGAGACUAUAGCGAGCCUGUGUUGGGCAUCAUGAACACCCUGGGGAUUGACCGCCAGAGGACCAUCGAGUCUUUGCAGAGCAGUAGCUACAAUCACUUCUCAGCAAUUUACUACCUGCUUCUGGAAAGGGUCAAAGAGCACCGCAACCAGCAACUGAGCCAUCAGUGUGGAAGCUGGACCCAAAGGCAGAGGAGCAUCUCUGACACCACUGGAGCUGAGAAAGUCAUGGUGAAGGCAGACUGCUUCAGAACGGCGCCUUUCUCCAUUCCCAACAAAAACAUCGGUCUGCUCCAAUCGGAAAUGGAGUGCGAUCAAGGCGGAUUGUUCCAGCGUGUGGUCUUCCCAUUGGAGGCCAGCUUCAACAGGCUGCUGUGGAACCGGUCCAUAUCACCCAACAGUUUGCUGGAGACCAGCAUCACCGAGGAGGUGCGCCCCCGGGACCUGGAAGAGGAGGAGGCGAUGCAAAGCCUGGGGCCGCUGCUGCCCCACGCCGGCACCUCGCGUCGCCACACUCUAGCUGAGGUCUCCGCACGCUUUCACCAGUGCAACCCUCCGUGUAUUGUCGUCAGUCCAUCCGACGGCACCUCUUCUGACAGCUGCCUAAAGUCAUCAUCUAGUCCCACCACGACUCUGCAAGCUCCCACGGGUGGUGACGUGUCAACACCUCCCGAGGGUGCCCACCUGCUUGCUGGCGCCCCGUUGGCUCUCUCCUCGCACCUUCUGCCCCAUAUCCAGGGGAGCCUUCCCGCAGCCAGCUUCCAGGAGGGUCGCAGGGCUUCUGACACCUCCCUGACACAAGGCCUCAAAGCUUUCCGGCAGCAGCUGAGAAAAAACACUCGCACCAAAGGACUCCUUGGUUUGAACAAAAUCAAAGGUUUGACGAGGCCCGGUGCAUCGCCUCCGUCCUCUAACCGGGGCAGCCGUGGGUCUCUGGGUCCCGCCCUCUCCGAGCACCGCAGCAUGCUAGAGGAAGUGCUCCACCAGCAACGGAUGCUGCAAAUCCAGCACCAGCCGCAACAACCUCAGGUCCAGAAUACUCCACCAGGACCCACCCCAAAUCCUUUGCGGUUUCUGUCCCAGCAGCAGUCACCUUCUCCUCCGCCUACUUCAGUAUUCGCCCCAGCUCCUUUGUUUGAAGCACCCUCGCAACCUCACGGGCUCUGGCAGCACGUCCCAGAGACCGCCUCCGCGUCUUUGUCUCCCGUGGCCUCCGCCGCUUACCUACUGGAGGCACGUCUGCACAUCAGCCCACACGCACAACGCCACCACCAUGCCCAAAUCCACCAACGCCUCCCUGGCCCGCCACAACUGGGCGUCUUGCACUUUGACGGCAAACACGCCACCUGGGCCGCGGGCUCAUCGUCCGGCACCGAGCAGAGUUUGAUGGGUCAGACGCCGCUGAACAGCUGCGUGAUGGUCAAGUAGAUAGAACAAUAAAGCAAGCUAAAAGCUAAGCGUGUAUGCUGUUAAGAUAAGCUAAAAGAGCAAUAACCAAACUGUGCACAGGGUGACUAUAGAAGCAAUAAUAGACCAUUUCCACCAGGCACAGGACUGGAGCAAGGACCAAAACAUUUCACCUCUUCAUAAUCUACAUCCCUCUGGGUUGGCCUUUUUUCUCUCCGAUUAACAGAAAACCUUGAACUACUGGAUAAAACUGUGAUUUUUCUUUGACUAUGUUCAAGCUGUGCAAUUGCUGCUUUUUUUUUUUACCUCAAACUAUUGCGACUCUCAUCAGCCUACAGUCAAAGAAAAUUGUGUUUUCUGGAGUGAGACAAGCACAACAGCUAUACUUUUCAACCAUACCGCAUGUGGGACACCCCUCUGGAUCCAACCGAAAUGACUGGGACUAUUUGACAUUCUCCAACUAGACAUUUUUUCAAUUCUUGUUGAGACUUUGACUCCCUUUGUGAGAAAAAUUAGCAGUACUAAUUAGUCAUUGGAGGUGAAAUGGAGGAGGAACAACAUAGGAGCUUUCCACCCUGGGCUGGGAGCAUAUUUGGAAAUUACCUACCAUCCCGAUACUGCGGGAACAGUGCAAUAGUUUGACGAGACAUAGGAUGGUUACAAAUGCAUAGGUACGAGUAAUGUAACAUCAAAAGACUGACAUAUACCAGUAGGGGUUUCUUGCUACCAAAGAGCCGACUAAAAUCCGCUAUGUACACACUACUGAGUGGCCCACGUGUAGCAUGUUGCUAAGCCAAAAUGAAGUAAGUUUGGUCUACCACCAAAUCCUAAUGCUGCUUGUUGUAAUAUCUUCUGCUGGUACUGUCACAACCUAGCAAUAUACAGUAUACUGUACUCAGCAACAAUAUGUAGAAGGUAGUGAAUCAUCCCUUUAAAAAACACACAAAACAUUCUAUUCAUGUUUUUGUUCUCACUUCCAUGUUGGAAAAACAUUGCAACGUGGAUGUCACGGGUUGUUUUGCGCUCACUACCAACACGUGUGCCUUUUACAUGAACAAACGUGCAAUGUUUGAGCUCUUUGCUGUGUAAGCAAAAGCAGGAUUGCACACUUUUCCUGUUGCUGAAAGGGGGUUCAAGUUUUGUCGCGCAAAAAAACACUACGACUCUCGAUGCAACGUGCCCCUUUUUGAUAACAAUUUUGCAUAAUUAGAAGUAUUUCAUGUUUGUUUUCCUGAUUUGUUACUUGACCAACCGCGUGUGUGCGCUUGGAUGUGUGUUGAACUGAAGAUUGUUUAUUUAUGUGGCUAUUUAUAUGAAUAAAGUUCACUUCCUAAAUGGA